AUGGCCGAAGCGCCUCAGGUGGUGGAGAUCGACCCGGACUUCGAGCCACUGCCACGGCCUCGGUCGUGCACUUGGCCCCUUCCCAGACCGGAGUUUAACCAGUCGACUUCGGCCACCUCCAGUCCGGCCCCCUCCGGCUGCGGCGGUGGCAGCGGGGCAGGGAAUCCCGGGGAUGCCGCGUCCGCCGCCUCGGCCGCUGUCAGCUCUGACUUCCUCAGCAAUCUGAGCCUCCUGGAGGAGAGUGAGGACUUUGAACAGCCCCCGGGUUCCGUGGCGGCUGCUGCUGCUGCAGCGGCUGUGGCGGCAGCGGCGGCGGCGGCAGCUGCGGCUGCGGCGGCCGAAGGACUAUGUCCAGACUUCCAGUGUCCGGAGACCACCUGCCUGCAGCAGCAGCAACAACAGCAACAGCAGCAGCCCGGGCCCCUCCAGCAGCAUCCGCCCGUCCCCCCGGCCUCGGCGGGGCCCCUGUCCGGGCAGCCUCGCAAGAGCAGCUCGUCCCGCCGCAACGCCUGGGGCAACCUGUCCUAUGCCGACCUGAUCACCAAGGCCAUCGAGAGCUCCGCGGAGAAGCGGCUUACUCUGUCCCAGAUCUAUGAGUGGAUGGUGAAGAGCGUCCCCUACUUCAAGGAUAAGGGGGACAGCAACAGCUCCGCUGGCUGGAAG